UUUACAGCAAUUGUGAUAUUCAAUAUCAAACUAAAACAACAGCUAAUUAGUGCAAAGAUGGUUCGUUACAGCGCUAAUUUAGCCGUUUUGUUGAUGGCUACUGUUAUGGCAGUGCAUGCAGAAACUGGUUUUUAUGUGCCUAAAGCUUACUACACUCUCACCGAGAAUGGUCACAAAUCGCCGCUUAUUUACGUUGAGGGUAUUCCGCAGCAAUUUGUGCAACGAGUGAGAAGAUCUGCACAAGGAAUUCCAACAGUGCCCAAUUUUGGUUUUCCGGUAAACUUUCCAGCUUUUCAGUUCCCAAAUCCAUCGCAAGGUGGUAAUUUCCAAUCAGUAUCUAUCACCAGUGGAAGUCCUGGUGGUUUAAACAACCGUUUUGACGAAAACGGUCAGUCCGCUCCCGCUGCUACCAUCAACACAUUUUCUUCCCAAAACGGCCAUGUUACUCACACGACUCAUCACAUUGAUAAAGAUGGAAAGGUAACAACACAAAACAACAGACCACAGAACACCAACAACAACAAACCGCCACAGAAAAAAAACUAGAUUAAUGAAUUCGAGCGGUAGCUUCUGAAGGCAGAGUAAAGGUUUUUCGUAAACCGUACAAAAAAUAUAAAAUAAAAACGAAAAACAUCCAGAACAAAGUAUCACGAACCACCGCACCAGAUCUAGAUGGCAACACAAUUGUUUGCAUAAUUUUUAGUUAUUACGUGUUUCUGAGUGUAUUAUGUAUUCCCACCUGAAGAGUGUGGUCCUAAUAAAGAUAAUUAGUAAGUAAUGUUUCAAAUAAG